AUGACUGAAGCUGCGACUAAUUUUUCGUUCCCUCAAUUUGCGUCCCUCCCUCCAGAACUGCGCCUCUUGAUAUGGCGUGAAGCAAUGUCUGAUGACGACGACCCAGCUUUGUUCCCCUACCGAAGUGACGCCUGGCAGCUAUAUUCAUGGUUGGACGCCGUGGAAGCUGAACUACGACCGGAGUUGCUCGGUCAAGUACGAGUCAAGAUUCCAAUCGCCUAUGUCAACCACGAGGCCCGUGAAACCGCGAUCGCCUGGGCUCCAAUUAUCGGAAUGGAAGUCAAUUUUCACAUGGAAAAAAGCUGUUAUACCUUCCUACGUCCCUUCGAUCCUGCUCUAGACACUAUCUACAUUCCAUACAGCCUUGUCGAGGAUUUCAACCGUCGGAGCUGGGGAGGAUUUACACCGGUCGAUGAUGUGGACGAUGUUUCGGUCGUACCUUCAGAGCUACACUUUGCGGUACCAGAAGGGCUCUUUCAGGCUGAAAGUACUCGUCUGCUAAGCGAAACAAUUUGGUGCCUCGUUUCCAGCCCGCUCCUUUUUGUCGUCGCAGACCCGCAACCAGAAUUUGAGGAUGAUAUGAGUCUCGAUAUGCAAUCGCGAUGGGAAAUCGAUGGCGCUAAUGGAGCGAUGGGUUUUAUUUUGAAUAAAAGAACCGAAAAGAUGGUGGUGAAGCCCGGUAAUCGCCUCCAUGACAAAACGUUUCAACGGGUAUACGACAUGAUCGGGAUAGUAGAUGAUGCUAUCAAAGGGCUGCUAGAUACUAGAGUUUGUGACUUCGAGAUACGGCCGGGGCAUGUUGUUAGGAGGUGGUAG